AUGGCAUCACAGCACCAAAUCCAAUCCUUCCCGUCCAAACCGCGCGUCUUCAUCCUGAGCGAUAUCUCCAAUGAACCCGACGAUGCUGAGUCACUGGUGCGCUAUCUAUUGUACGCCAACCAGUUCCGUACUGAAGGCCUGGUAGCUUGCACGUCAACCUGGAUGAAGAAUAAGGUCUGCCCGCAGGACAUGCACAAGAUAAUAGACGGCUAUGAGAAAGUCGUAGACAAUCUCAAUGCCCACGUCCACCCAGACGACCCAUAUCCAACAGCCCAAUAUAUGCGAUCGCUCAUCAAAAAGGGCGCAGAGAGCUACGGCAUGACCGCCGUGGGCCCAGACAUCCCCCUAAGCGAAGGCGCACAGCAUCUGCUAGACCGUAUCCUCGUUCCAACCGACGAUCCCCUCUGGAUCCUCUGCUGGGGCGGCACAAACGUGCUCGCAUCCGCACUCCUCAAACUCCAAACCACACAUUCCCCCACCACAGCCGCCACGCAGCGCGCAAAGCUCCGCGUAUACGCAAUCUCCGACCAAGACGACACAGGAACCUGGCUGCGCACGACCUACUCAGAUCUAUUCUACAUCUGCUCCGUGCACGGGUGGUGCCAGUACGGACUAGCUGCGUGGACCGGGAUCUCCGGCGACGCAUGGUACGGCUUCGACCAGGGCGGACCAGAUGGGUCGAAGAUCAGCGCGGAAUGGAUCCGAGAACAUAUCCAGAUUGGACCCCUGGGCUCAAAAUACCCGGAUUUCAUGUUCAUCCCAGAAGGCGACACGCCGACGUUCCUGUACCUGAUCCAGAACGGGCUCGGUGUUGCUGAGAGCCCGGAGUACGGGUCCUGGGGCGGUCGGUAUAUCCGCACAGACGUGAGCGGGGCAGGCGUUGCGAAUGGCCAUUUCAGCGAUACUCCAGAUGAGGUCGUUGGGCUUGAUGGGCGCCGGCACAAGUCGAACCAGGCGACAGUGUGGCGCUGGCGGGACGCGUUCCAGACUGAUUUCGCGGCACGCAUGCAGUGGAGUCUUUCUGGGGAUGUGGCGCGCGCGAAUCAUCACCCUGUUGCUGUUAUUAAUGGGACUGUUGGGCCUGCGCCGCUGGUUCUUGAAGUGCCGGCUGGGGGCGUGGUGAGGCUUGAUGCGCGGGCGUCGUAUGACCCGGACCCGGAGGACUGUAUUACGUUUAAGUGGUAUCAGUAUAAGGAUCCAAGUGCGACGCAGUGGUCUGUUCAACAUGAGGUUGGGGAGUUGGGGAUUCGGCUUUUGGAUGAGGCUGGAAGUGUGGUUGAGGUGACAGUCCCGCCGGCUGAGAAGUGCUGUGUGGAGCUUAUUAGUCGUAAGGCUGUUGCGAGGGGGCAGUUGUUGCAUCUUAUUUUGGAGGUGAAGGAUAAUGGGUCACCGGCGCUGAUUACAUAUCGGCGUGUUCUUAUUCAAGCGACGAACCAGGAGUUGCUGGGUGGUGGCGGGGGUGCUGAGGCCAUUGGUGAUACUAUGAGAGAUGUGAUCCCGUGA